AGUGUCCAGUCCACCUACAGCAUGUCUUUUGGAAGAAACCGGAGUAAACUUUACGCGACCACAGGGAGGGCAUGCAGACUCCGCACAGAAGAACCGGAGAACCUCUAUAUUAUGAAGCGACAACGCUAACCGCUGCAUCACCGUGGCCACCCUAAAACAUAUUUCUGGAUUUGUGACGAAAUGACCCUGCACUAUAUACAGUAUCCUGUCAACUGCACUCUAGUUUUCACUGUUGCUAAGAAACGCGGUAAACAGCCUAACCACGACGCAACUGGUAAAUAAAGCUAACCCUGCGAUCUGGAGAUUCGCUAGCUUUGAAACUGAGUCCCGCCUUACUUAUUUGUGAAUGGCUAUCUGGAGUGUCUUAUAAAUCUUUGUUGCCCAGAAUUUUUUAAUUGGUUAAACUGAGUCGAGAGAUUUACUUUUUGGCUAUAGCAAGAUGUGGAUGCUGUUGCAGUAGCGUAUAAACGUGAAAAGGAAAAAUAGAGACCGUUACUGUCUGCAAUUGUUAAUUAAAGCCGACGUUAUUGUUGCAGCACUCUGAGUCUUACCAAUUUGGGCGCUUGAAGUCAUUCAAAAGACCCUAGAAGCGUUUAUACAGCUACAUUCAACAAUAACUUCAGCACUGAACUCCGUACCAAGAUGUAGCCUUUUAAUCUGAAUUUGUUUUGUAUCAAAAACUUUCAUUUUGAAAGACGUGUUAACAUCAGGGUUAAAAGGAACAUUUUCCUGCAUAUCUAUCUCAACAUGGGCAAGAAGAAAAAGAAGGGAGGAAAAGAAGGCAAUGAAGCUAUGAUGACAUUUGCAGAAGCACUUCUGGCAUAUCAAAUACGUGUCAAGGAAGAUCUUGUAAAACAGUACCAGAAUGAAGUAAAUCAACUUGAAGAAAAGAACAAGCGAUACAAGCAAAGGAAUGAGCAUCUUAAAGAAGAGCAGCUUGGUCAUGUGAAGACUUUGUUGAAGCAAGCCAAAGAAAAAGAGAAGGAACUGUGGCAAAAAGAAGUUGUGAAUAAAGAACAGGUAGAAGAAGCCUUAAAGAAGAAAUGGGAACUUGCAAAAAAUGAAGAAAAAAUGGUGAAAGCUCUGCAAUCUGACAUUAAUGACAUGCUGCAGAAGAUUUUCCAGAAAGCUCAAGAGAAGCAAUACUGGCUGGAAUACAAAAAUGUUGGCCAGGCAGAGCACAGAAAACAAAUCAGUCUUCUAGAAAAAGAGCUUAAAGAGAUGCAAAUGAACUUUGAUGAACUGCAAGAACAUUUCUCAAAAACUUUGGCAGGGUUAAAAACCAAAAUAAACACAGAGACAGAGAAGAAAAUAAACGAAAAGAAGCAGCUAGCCUCCGAGAAAGCCAUGAACAAACUUGACAAGCAAAGUUGCCAAGAAAUUCAAGAAAAUGAGUGGCUGGCAAGAGAGGUUAAAAUAUAUAAGAAACAUAUUACUGAGGCAGAAGAGCGUGUUCAAAACCUGGAACAGGAAAAUUUAGAACUCAUGAGUUAUUUAUUUGAUUGUAGACUUGAAGACCUAAAAAUAUCCAGGAACAUAUUCCUUACGCAAGUGGCUGGCAUAGAUGUCCCAGAAAUUAAUGUAUUGGGUGUCCCAGCAACUAAUUUAUUGGAAGAAAACAUUAAAAAAUUACCGCUGGAUACACCAACAGACCUAGAUACCACAAUACAGUCUGAUGUUAGUGUUCCAAGACCAAAAAGUGCAAUGCUGGAGUCAGUUGAACAUAAAGUGUUCUCUGUGUUGACUGAAAACGAAGAUGAUGAUGAUGGAAUAGAUAAUGAUGAGGAAAAGGGUUGCCCAUUACAGUCAGUAUCUCAGGAGCUUAGCUGUCUGUUAUAUGGAGACCAGGAGCAUUUCCAGGAGUACUUUCAGCUGGGACCUCUAGAACUUAAACUGUUGCGAGUGGUCGGAAAAGGUAUGACUGUUAAUGAAGCAAAUUCAUUGCAAGAAGCCAGUACACAAGACAGUGAUAUGGCUACAGCACGGAGUAAAGAUGACUGGCCCAUCACUCCUGAGUUAAUCCAUUCAGCUCUAACUGGAAAUUUUAUCACUUCACAGGCUAAUACCAAUACUGUAGAAGAAUUCAAAUAAAGUGAUAUCAAGUUUAUAAUACCGAAAGAUUACAUUGCUUUUUUUUUACUGAUGUUAAUAUUUAAUACCAAAUUCUACUAACCCAUUUACUGAAGUAAUGAGUGUUGCAAGAGUGGUUUUGAAUACAAGCUCAAUUUCUUUGCUUCUAAAAGGCUUAAUUUAGCUUGCCUAUGAAAAUAAAUUGUUUUUCUUGCA